CAAACCAAAACAAACAUACAAAACCUUCAACACUUGAACUCCCAAUCCUGUCUUCCCCUUCCAAGAUAUCACAUGGCAUCUUUCAAGCCCUGUUCCCUUGUGCUUCUCAUUUCCAUGGUGGCUUCACUAGCACUAGCCUUCCUGAUCUCAACCUCCAAUGGCCAGAUCACCACCCCGUGCUCGGCCACAGCCAUCGCAGGCCUCACCCCUUGCAUGAACUUCCUCACAAACAGCUCCGCCGCGGGCUCUUCCCCAACGGCAGACUGCUGCGACCAGCUCAAGAACCUCACCGGAGCUGGCAUGGACUGCAUGUGCCUCCUCGUCACCGCAAGCGUUCCUUUCCAGAUUCCGAUCAACAGAACCCUAGCCAUCUCGCUCCCUCGCGCCUGCAACAUGCCUGGCGUCCCUGUCCAGUGCAAAGCUGCUGCUGGUGCUCCAGUUCCUGCUCCAGCCCUGGGACCCUCUCUGGCUCCUGGUGGUUCUCCAUCCGACGCACCUACAAGCUCGGUUGUUCCUGAGACGCCAGAUUCAGGAACUACAACGCCUGACCUGACUCCACCAACAUCAACAACUGGAAGCAGGCCAACCAUUAACACUUCAGCAGCAGCCUCUUACAGCUUCUCUCCAUCUCUUGUGGUGCUUGCACUAGGAUUUGUACUCGGCAAGUUCUACUAGCUAGAUUCUGCUGCUCUACUUGCAUUGCUUCUGAGUUUUGGCUUGUUUCCAUGUUUAUAUGGGAAGUAUUCUUUUGUGGGUUUCUGUUCUGUAUUUGGUAUAUUGUAUUUUGGGGAAACGAUUGAGUUCUUUUUCCAAUUAGGGGAUUGUUUAUGAAGCCAUAGUGAUUAUUUAUUGCUGUAACAUAUCUAUGGAUUUAUAAUAAACUAAGAACAUUAAA